UUGUUUCGAAAAAAUAUGCCCCCAACGCAAAAUGCAAUUGGCCGAUAUACACAUCAAGCGCAAGCGAAAAGGGUAUUUCAAUCCUCAGAAUCAGACGAGCAUCGAGCAUUAGUGCUGGAAAUAUGCGUAACUAAUGAAGAUGUGAGAACAAAUUCCGAAAAAAGUAAAAAAAAAGGAAAGAAAGGACACAACAUUGGUAAAAAUAGCGUAUAUGACGAAUACGGAAUUAUCCGCUUCAACGGGCUAAACAUUUGCGACUGUAUGAAUCAAGAAUGUGGUGGUUGCUGGUAUGAAUGUCGCAACUGUGGCUCCACUAGGUGUGGGCCUCAAUGUCGCUCAAACCGAAAGUUCUUGUAUGAGGGCGUUACAUAUGACGGAAAAGACUUAUCUAUAUCUAAUAAAUAUUAUCCUGAAUAAGGUAAAUUAAAAACAACACAAGAGAUAUUGUACACACAUAUGAAUGUCUGUAAACUCUUUACACAUUGAAAUCGAACUUCAUAUAAAUUGCAUGCAAAAGUAAAAACAUUCUGUUAAGUUUAACUUAAAAAAAAUUUGUUACCAUUCAAUAAAAUUUGCAUUAUUAAUAAUAGACUAGGUAAAAAUACAUAUAACAUUGCAAAGUCUCAGAAUAAAAAAUAAUUGGACGUUUGGCACAUGUGCUCAAGAAA